GAUAGUCGUAAACAGUAAUUUAUCUUUUUUAAAUGUUGUGAUAGUUUAAUUUCCUUUACAUUAACUUGCCGUCAAUUAGCGGUAAGAAGUAUUUAAUGAUGCUUCUUUUGGGCAGGUGAGAGUUAGAGAAACAGGCUCUUUUAAAGUAAAUGAUGAAGCUUUGCGUUUUCAUCAGUCUUCAACCACCGACUUGCUUAUCUUUUACAUAGAUUAGUGCACCAUCUGACUUGUUAAACUAUAUUUCUCUGUUAGCCUGACCCAGAAUUCUUUGCACCUCUCAGAAUGUUUUGCCUCUAUAAUCGUUCCUUUCAAUGAUCUCUCUAUAAAAAGAACAUUUGUUUCAGUGUAUUGUUCUGUGACAUUUGUUAAUUCUCACAACCAAAUAAAUCUUGAAACAGAAGAUGGUUAGCUCAAGUAAUUGGAGCCUCUCCAUUUUUUCUUCUCUUCUUGCAAUUCUCAUUCUCACCGUUCCUUGUUUUUCUGAGAAAGCCCCAUAUUCCACAUUCGCAAAGGACGCUACAUCAGCACCAGAGGUGGUAUUCUUCGAUUAUAUCGUUAUAGGAGGAGGAACUUCUGGCUGUGCAUUAGCAGCAACUCUCUCACAAGGUUCCAAUGUUUUGUUAUUGGAAAGAGGUGGCUUGCCUUAUGGUAACCCAAACAUCACAAACAUUACUGGUUUUGCCAACAAUUUAGCAGACACUUCUCCUUCAUCGCCCGCACAACUCUUCAUCUCUACCGACGGCGUAUUCAACCACCGUGGCCGUGUCUUAGGCGGCGGCUCGGCUGUUAAUGCCGGGUUCUUUUCACGGGCAAGCAAAGGCUACGUUAAGAAAAUGGGAUGGGAUGAAAAGGUAGUGAAUGAAGCGUAUGAAUGGGUUGAAAAGAAAGUGGCGUUUCAGCCACAGAUAAAGCAGUGGCAAUCGGCGGUGAGAAAUGGUCUUGUGGAAGUAGGGGUGAAACCAUAUAAUGGUUUUACGUAUGAACAUUUGUUUGGAACUAAAGUUGGUGGUACCAUUUUUGAUCCACAAGGUCAUAGACAUACUGCUGCUGAUUUAUUAGAGUAUGCUGAUCCUACCAAAAUUACUGUUUAUUUGUAUGCAACCGUGCAACAGAUCUUGUUCAAAAAAGAAGCAGGAGGAAGCAAGCCAAGAGCUUAUGGAGUUCGGUUUCAAGAUUCAAAAGGUAAUAGCCACAUGUCGUACUUGAGCGAGGGAUCCAAAAACGAGGUCGUUUUGAGCGCUGGAGCGUUGGGAAGCCCACAAAUGUUGAUGUUAAGUGGUAUUGGGCCGGCAAAGCAAUUGAAGGCCCAUGGGAUCUAUAUUUUGGUGGAUCAGCCCAUGGUUGGUAUGGGUAUGUCAGAUAACCCAAUGAAUGCUGUCUUUGUUCCUUCUCCUCACCCUGUUGAAGUUUCUCUUAUUCAAGUGGUUGGUAUUACUGGCUUCAAAAGUUACAUUGAAGCUGCCAGUGGGCCUUUGGAAUUGGAUUGGAUGCGAAGGAUCGCCCAUGAUUUUAAAAAUAUAGCUAAUCAGACUAUGGACCCAUUGAAAAUACCUUCAGAAGUGCACUUCCCCAAAGGCAUACCAGGGAUCAACCCACACCUUCUACACACCCCAAUGCAAGCUGGUCUCAUCCUAGAAAAAGUAGCAGGACCAUAUUCAACAGGUUUUCUUGAACUUAAAAGCAAAGACCCAAAUGAAAAUCCAAAAGUAACUUUCAACUAUUUCAAAGAUCCAAGAGACUUACAAAGAUGUGUACAAGGCAUGAAAACAAUAGCAGAGGUCAUAGAAUCAACAUCUUUCUCCAAAUUCAGAUACCCUUUUACUUCAGCACAAUCUUUAAUGGAUACAAUGUUGACUUUUCCACUUAACUUGAGGCCAAGACAUUUGAGUGCCUCUGUUUCUUUAGAACAAUUUUGUAUAGACACAGUAAUGACCAUAUGGCAUUAUCAUGGAGGUUGUCAAGUUGGAAAAGUGGUUGAUAGAAAUUAUAGAGUUUUUGGGGUUGAUGGAUUGAGAGUUAUUGAUGGAUCCACUUUUAUAUACUCCCCUGGCACUAAUCCUCAAGCCACUGUCAUGAUGCUUGGAAGGUACAUGGGGCAGAAGAUUUUGAAAGAGAGACUUGCUGGUGGAAGGAAAUAAAAGGUGUUUAUAUAUAGUUAAUUUGUACUGGGGAAGAAAAUGUUGGAUUAUCGAUUUUUGUGUAUGUUUUCUUUAUUUAUGAGGACUUGAACAAAUUUAAUAAAAGGUAGUUGUAACUCAUUAGUUUUGUUAAACUUGAAUGUCAAUGCUUUCUCGCCAUGUGCAAAUAAUGCA